AUGCAAGAGCCCAACCAGUCCUCUGUGACUGAAUUCAUCCUUCUGGGCUUCUCCCUUGGCCCCAGGAACACUCCUCUGCUCUUCGCAGGCUUUCUGAUGAUCUACCUGUUGAUUAUUCUGAGCAAUGGAUUCAUCACCAUCCUCAUCUGCCUAGACUCACACCUCCACACUCCCAUGUACUUCUUUAUUGGCGUCCUUUCCAUGUUGGACCUGGGCUACACCACUACAACUGUGCCCCAGAUGUUGGCACAUCUGGCCAGCCAGAAGAGGACCAUCUUGUUUGCCAGCUGUGUGGCCCAAAUGUACAUUUUCUUGGUGCUAGGCAUCACUGAGUCCUGGCUCUUUGCCAUCAUGUCUAUAGACAGGUAUGUGGCCAUCUGCCACCCACUCAGGUACAAGGUCAUCAUGAGCCCGUGGCUCUGUGGGGUAAUGGUCAUUUUCUGUGGUCUGUGGGGUGUCACCUCUGCUCUCGUCUACACUGUCUUUGCCAUACGUCUUCCCUACUGUGGCCCCAACAAGAUCAACCACUUUUUCUGUGAAGUCCCGGCUGUCUUAAAGCUGGCUUGUGCAGACACUUCAGUCAAUGACCUGGUGGACUUCAUUCUUGGUUUUUGUGUUAUCCUGAUCCCACUGUCUCUCAUCUUUGUCAUUUAUGUCAACAUCUUCAUUGCCAUCAUGAAGAUCCAUUCAGCACAGGGGCAGCUGAAGGCCUUCUCCACCUGUGCCUCCCAUAUCGCUGUGGUCACCAUGUUCUGUGUGCCAGCCAUGGUCAUGUACAUGAAGCCUGGCUCUAAGGCCUCCCCGGAAGAGGACAAGAAGCUGGCCCUGUUCUACAACGUCAUCUCUGCAUUCCUCAACCCCAUCAUCUACAGCCUCCGGAACAAGGACGUGAAGAGGGCUUUCGUCAAGGUGACAGGCUGGGGCAGGGACCCAGAAUGA